AUGGCGACUCCCGAGGAACAGGCAACAGAACUCAAAAACAAGGGCAACAAGGCGUUUUCGGCCCACGACUGGCCAACUGCGAUCGACUUUUACAGCAAGGCCAUCGAGCUAAACGACAAGGACCCAGCAUUUUGGUCCAACCGAGCCCAAGCCUACUUGAAGACGGAAGCCUACGGCUUUGCGAUCCGCGAUGCGUCGAAAGCUAUCGAGCUCAAGCCAAGUUUUGUCAAGGCCUACUACCGACGAGCGACAGCAUACGCCGCGAUUCUUAAGCCAAAAGAAGCUGUGAAGGACUUCAAGUCGUGCGUCAAGAUCGACCCAGGCAACAAGGAUGCCAAGCUCAAGCUGGUCGAGUGCGAAAAGAUCGUGCGACAGCUCGCCUUCUUCGCCGCCAUCGAGGUUGGAGAUGAGCCAUCAGCUGCCGAGGGACUCGAUGUGGACUCGAUUGCCGUAGAGCCUGCGUACGAUGGGCUGCGGUUAGAUGAGAAGGGCAUCACGCAAGAGUUUAUCGACGACAUGACCGAGCGCUUCAAGAACGGCAAGUUAUUACAUAAGAAAUAUGUGUACCAGAUCAUCCUGGCUGUCAAGAAGCUGGUGUACGAGGAGCCAACCAUGGUCGAGGUUGAGGUCCCUGAGGACGUCCAGUUGACGGUCUGCGGUGAUACUCACGGGCAAUACUUCGAUCUAAUGGAGCUGUUUAGGUUAAACGGUACACCGGGUGACAAGCACUGGUACCUCUUCAACGGCGACUUCGUCGACCGAGGUUCUUGGUCGACCGAGAUUGCGCUGCUUCUCUACGCUAACAAGUGGCUGCGGCCCAAGUCCUUCUUCAUCAACCGCGGCAACCACGAAACAGACGACAUGAACCGCGUCUACGGGUUCGAGGGCGAGUGCAAGGCCAAGUACAACGAGCGUGUCUUCAAGCUUUUCUCCGAAAGCUUCUCAGCCUUGCCCCUCGCGACCCUAAUCGGCGGGAAAUUCUUCGUGCUGCACGGCGGCCUGUUCUCAGAUGACAAAGUAACGUUGGACGACAUUCGUGCGCUAGACCGGCACAAGCAGCGCCAGCCCGGCCAGGCCGGUCUCAUGAUGGAGAUGCUGUGGGCCGACCCACAGACGGAGCCCGGCCGCGGGCCCAGCAAGCGCGGCGUUGGCAUGCAGUUCGGUCCGGAUGUUACCAAGCGCUUCUGUGAGCGGAACGGGCUGGAGGCUGUCAUUCGCUCGCACGAGGUCCGCAUGGCUGGGUACGAAGAGGAGCAUGAUGGGAAGUGCAUUACAGUCUUCUCGGCUCCCAAGUACUGCGAUAUGACAGAGAACAGAGGCGCAUACAUCAACGUUGGCUCGGACUACAAGCUCAAGUUCUGCCAGUUCGACGCCGUCCCACAUCCUAACAUCCGGCCCAUGGCAUACGCCCAAAACUCGGUGAUGUCGUCGCUGAUGUAA